CUCUUCUUCGAUUCUUUAGUGACACUCCAACAUAAUUAUUUUGAUAACCAGAUUCGAACUCGAGACCGUUUGUUGAUAUUUAUUCAGGUUAUUGCUAAAAUAGGUCUUGUAAAUUGAGCAAUCAGUUAUAUCCUUGCCAUCAAAAUCUUCAGUUUACAAAAAUGGGUGUCCUGCAGUGGCUCAAAGCCUCAAGAAGAGAAAAGAUUCUUCCUUUAUUGCAAGGUUAGUUCCCUCUCAAUGAAAUAUCAGUUGGGUUCCUCAAGAAAAUGAAGAUUCUGAAACAAAUUCGUAAGUUUUCAACCUUUAUUGAUUCAACCAAACACACCCACCAAGUGUUUGUGAAAUUGAUAACCCCUAAACAAAGAAAAUUGGACCCAAUUCCGUUGCCUCACAGAACCAUUUCUGAUCCCAAAGGUCAAGAUCUUGAUUUUGUUAAUGUAGCUCAUAGUCAUCUUAUACACUCUGAUUGGCCUAAGCUUGAGAAUUUGUCUUCUGGCCUAACCCCAUUUAGAGUUAAGCACAUUUUGCUGAAAAUUCAAAAGGAUUAUGUUUUAUCUCUUGAAUUCUUCAAAUGGGUUGAGGUUAAAAGUCCGAAUUCGAAUACCCUUGAGAAUCAUUCCAUUGUUCUUCAUGUUCUUACUAAGAGUAAAAAGUUUAAAUCUGCUGAAUCAAUUUUGAGGAAGCUCCUUGUAUCAGGUUCUGUUGAUUUUCCUGGUAAAUUGUUUGAAGCUAUAGUUUUAUCAUAUCGAAUGUGUGAUUCUUCACCGCGUGUUUUUGACUCAUUGUUCAAGUGUCAUGCUCAUUUGAAGAAGUUUAGGAAUGCUAGUGAUACAUUUUGCAGUAUGAAGCAGUAUGGGUUUGUUCCCACUGUUGAGUCUUGCAAUGCAUUCAUGAGCGCGUUGCUUAGUUUUGAUAGGGUAGAUGUUGCAUUGGCUUUUUAUAAGGAGAUGCGUCGGUCAAGGAUUUCGCCUAAUGUUUAUACCUUUAAUAUGGUCAUGAGUGCUUUAUGCAGAUCGGGAAAACUAGAAAAGGCUGUUGAGGUCUUAAGGGAGAUGGAGAACAUAAGUUUGAAACCGACAGCUGUGUCUUAUAACACUUUGAUUGCUGGACAUUGUAACCGGGACAUCUUGAGUGUUGCACUGAAACUUAAGACCACGAUGGAGAUGAAUGGGGUACAACCAGUUAAUGUUACAUACAACACUCUUAUUCAUGGUUUAUGCAAGGUAGGGAAAUUACAUGAAGCAAACAAACUUUUCAGCGAGAUGAAGAGAACCGGUGUGGCUCCUAAUGUUGUCACUUAUAAUACACUGAUAAACGCAUAUAGCCAGGUUGGUAAUUCUGAAAUGGGAAGUAGGCUUUUCGAAGAGAUGGCAAACAAUGGAUUGAAGGCUGAUAUCUUGACUUACAAUGCAUUGAUUAUGGGACUGUGCAAGGAGGGGAAGACAAAGAAAGCUGCAUUUUUGGUCAAAGAACUUGAUAAAGCAAACUUAGUUCCUAAUUCCUCUACUUUCUCUUAUCUGAUCAGUGGACAGUGUACCAGAAGGAAUCCUGAUCGUGCGUUUCAACUCUAUAAAAGCAUGGUUAGAGGUGGUUUUCACCCUAAUAAGCCCACUUUGACUCUAUUGAUAUCCACCUUCAUCAAGAAUGAGGAUUAUGAUGGAGCAAUGGAAGUCUUGAAAGAGAUGCUAGAAAGAUCUAUUACCCCUGACUUGGGUAUGUUAACUGAAAUAUGCAGCAUGUUUCUCAGAUGCGGCAGAGAAGGAGAGAUCAUAAAACUCUUACAAGAACUAGAAGCUAAACGCCUCAUGCCCGAAGGUUUUGAUAAAACAAAAGUGAUUAGCUCUACAAACGGAAGAUAGAAUGUAUUUUUUUAACAAGAAAUAGAAUCUAGACGCCCAUGCCUGAAGGUUCCCAGCAGUCAGGUUUG